AGGCAGGGUAGUGACCUUGCGCGUGCGCUGUGUCCGCGGCAGAGUCCGAUCCCAGUGUGUGGUUUACACGCUACUCGAACGGCGCGUGCGCAGUGGGACGGCGGAGGGAUUUGAGACCGAGACCCACCCCCCUGCUCCCGUCGCUAGCCGAGGCCGCGCGGGUUCGGAAGCAGCGGCCUGGUUCGCGCGCUGGGCGGGCGACCGAGGGAGACUGGCGCGGACGCCGCUGGAGUCGAAGCCGGAACAGGAGUCCUUGUUGCUGAGGGGUUGCCGCAGCCGCCGCGAGCCCCAGGACCAACGCCAGGUCGAGGAGGGCGCCGCGCGGCGGAUUUGGCAGUAUGACCCAGUUCCUGCCGCCCAACCUUCUGGCCCUCUUUGCCCCCCGUGACCCUAUCCCAUAUCUGCCACCCCUGGAGAAGCUACCACAUGAAAAACACCACAAUCAACCUUACUGUGGCAUUGCACCAUACAUCCGAGAGUUUGAGGACCCUAGAGAUGCCCCUCCUCCAACUCGUGCAGAAACCCGGGAAGAACGCAUGGAGAGGAAGAGAAGGGAAAAGAUUGAGCGGCGACAGCAGGAAGUGGAGACAGAGCUAAAAAUGUGGGACCCUCACAAUGAUCCCAAUGCUCAGGGUGAUGCCUUCAAGACUCUCUUCGUGGCUAGAGUGAACUAUGACACAACAGAAUCCAAGCUUCGGAGAGAGUUUGAGGUGUAUGGACCCAUCAAAAGAAUACACAUGGUCUACAGUAAGCGGUCAGGAAAGCCCAGAGGCUAUGCCUUCAUUGAGUAUGAGCAUGAGCGAGACAUGCAUUCCGCUUACAAACACGCAGAUGGCAAGAAGAUUGAUGGCAGGAGAGUCCUUGUGGAUGUGGAGAGGGGCCGAACUGUGAAGGGCUGGAGGCCCCGGCGGCUAGGAGGUGGCCUGGGUGGCACCCGAAGAGGUGGGGCUGACGUGAAUAUCCGGCAUUCAGGCCGUGAUGACACAUCCCGCUAUGAUGAGAGGGACCGAGACCGGGACCGUGAGCGGGAGCGAAGAGAGCGGAGCCGGGAGCGAGACAAGGAACGGGAACGGCGACGCUCCCGCUCUCGGGACCGGCGGAGGCGUUCGCGGAGCCGAGACAAAGAUGAGCGGCGGCGCUCCAGGGAGCGGAGCAAGGACAAGGACCGGGAUCGAAAACGGCGUAGCAGCCGGAGCCGGGAGCGGGCACGCCGGGAGCGCGAGCGCAAGGAGGAGCUGCGUGGCGGCGGCGGUGAUAUGGCAGAGCCUUCUGAGGCUGGUGAUGCACCUCCUGACGAUGGGCCUCCUGGAGAGCUUGGCCCUGAUGGCCCUGAUGGCCCAGAGGAGAAAGGCCGUGAUCGUGACCGGGAACGACGUCGGAGCCACCGUAGUGAGCGGGAGCGGCGCAGGGACCGGGACCGGGACCGGGACCGCGAUCACAAGCGGGGGGAGCGGGGUGGUGAGAGGGGCAGGGAUGAGGCUCGAGGAGGAGGGGGUGGCGGCCAGGACAACGGGCUGGAGGGUCUGGGCAAUGACAGUCGAGACAUGUACAUGGAGUCUGAGGGUGGGGACGGGUACCUUGCUCCAGAGAACGGGUAUUUGAUGGAAGCAGCACCUGAGUGAAGUUUGGACAUGUUCCUACCUGGCCCCUACUGUCAUUCUCUCCCUUAAUCUUGGUCACCUGUUUGUCCUCCAGGGGUAGGAAUUUCUUUAUUUGUUCUGGCCCCUUGGGUUUAAAAAUAAAGUUAAUUUCCUGUUGAUGGUGG